AUGGGGAAAUGGAGGGGCAAUCGGCAUCUAGGAAUGAGAUGUUCUACAAUAGUUUUAGCGCUAUCGAUGCCGUUAAUGGCUACGGUGUUGCUAUUAAUGCUGCUCGAACUUGGAAUACCUGUUCCUGCUGGCUCGGAAGAGGAUUCAUCGCCGAUCAGACUGAACCGCAUGAUUUUAGACAACAAUGGAGGUGAAGGAUUGGGGGAAAGGGGAGAACAGAGGACGGAGGUCGUCUCGUGGGAGCCUAGAGCUUUCAUCUACCACAAUUUUUUGUCCAAGGAAGAGUGUGAGCAUUUGAUAAAUCGUGCCGCGCCUCACAUGGUGAAAUCAGGUUGACUGGUUGUAGAUAGCGAAACUGGGAAGAGUGUAGAUAGCAGUGUCCGUACAAGUUAUGGAAUGUUCUUCAAAAGAGGACAAGACAAAGUAAUCAGAGCUAUUGAGAAAAGAAUAGCAGACUACACAUUGAUACCAGUAGAGCACGGGGAAGGUCUACAGCACGGGGAAGGUCUACACGUUCUGCACUAUAAAGUGGGGCAAAAAUAUAACCCUCAUUACGACUACUUUGUUGAUGAAUUCAACACACGAAAUGGGGGUCAGAGAACCGUAACCCUUCUCAUGUACUUGUCAGAUGUUGAAGAAGGCGGCGAGACAGUCUUUCCAGAAGCCAAGGGAAAUAUAAGCUCUGUAGCUGAUGGAAUGUCAGAAUGUGCGAAGAAAGGGAUUUCUGUAAAACCGAAAAUGGGCGAUGCACUGCUUUUCUGGAGCAUGCACCCUGAUGCCACUCUAGACCCUUCAAGCGUGCAAGGAUAUAGCCCAGUUAUAAAAGGGGACAAGUGGUCUUGCACGAAGUGGAUGCAUGUUGAUGAACACAAAGUUAGGAAUAAAAGGAGUCAGCACGAAAAAUGA